UCACCUGACAUGAUUCAGCCUGAGGUUCAGCCUGACAUGAUUCUACCUGAGGUUCAGCCUGACAUGAUUCUACCUGAGGUUCAGCCUGACAUGAUUCUACCUGAGGUUCAGCCUGACAUGAUUCAGCCUGAGGUUCAGCCUGACAUGAUUCAGCCUGAGGUUCAGCCUGACAUGAUUCUACCUGAGGUUCAGCCUGACAUGAUUCUACCUGAGGUUCAGCCUGACAUGAUUCUACCUGAGGUUCAGCCUGACAUGAUUCUACCUGAGGUUCAGCCUGACAUGAUUCUACCUGAGGUUCAGCCUGACAUGAUUCUACCUGAGGUUCAGCCUGACAUGAUUCUACCUGAGGUUCAGCCUGACAUCAUUCUACAUGAGGUUCAGCCUGACAUGAUUCUACCUGAGGUUCAGCCUGACAUGAUUCUACCUGAGGUUCAGCCUGACAUGAUUCUACCUGAGGUUCAGCCUGACAUCAUUCUACCUGAGGUUCAGCCUGACAUCAUUCUACCUGAGGUUCAGCCUGACAUCAUUCUACCUGAGGUUCAGCCUGACAUGAUUCUACCUGAGGUUCAGCCUGACAUGAUUCAACCUGAGGUUCAGCCUGACAUGAUUCAGCCUGAGGUUCAGCCUGACAUGAUUCAACCUGAGGUUCAGCCUGACAUGAUUCAGCCUGAGGUUCAGCCUGACAUGAUUCUACCUGAGGUUCAGCCUGACAUGAUUCAGCCUGAGGUUCAGCCUGACAUGAUUCUACCUGAGGUUCAGCCUGACAUGAUUCUACCUGAGGUUCAGCCUGACAUGAUUCUACCUGAGGUUCAGCCUGACAUGAUUCUACCUGAGGUUCAGCCUGACAUGAUUCAGCCUGAGGUUCAGCCAGACAUGAUUCUACCUGAGGUUCAGCUCUGCAUCGUUUUGAUACUAGUUCUCAUUCCCACUUUACACAAACAACUACAAAUAAGUCUUCAUGAACCCUUUAUAAGGCCUUUAUAGAUGCUUCAUGAACCCUUUAUAAGGCCUUUAUGGAAGGUUCAUAAAUCAGUUCUAAGCCCAUUUCAUGCAUGGACCUAGAUGUCUAUAGAAAG